AUGAAUAAGAUUUUGGUUGGGUAUCAUCGUUUCUUCGUCUUCUUGCUUCUAACUAGGGUUUCCUUAACCUCAUCACUCCCACACACUCAUAAUGUUCAUGUAGAUUCAGACACUACAAGAAUUCUGAAUCAAGAGCAGGGGGAUGUUCAUCGAAUACAUUGCUCUAGAGAAAGAAGUAGAAUAGCUUGGAAGAUCAUUCAAGAGUAUUUGACACCAGUUGUAGAGAAAGAAAAAUAUAAUAUCUCAAGAAAGUGCAGGCUUCACCCUGAAAAUGAUAUAUACAGAGAUCAGGAACAGCAUAAAUCUCAUAUAGAUAUAAAUGAGUGGCAGUGUGGAUACUGUAAAAAAACUUUCUACGAAGAGAAGCAUCUUGAUCAGCAUUUUGACAACAGACACUCCAAUUUACUUAACUUGAAUGAAAGCCAGUGCUUAGCAGAUGUAUGUGGAGCAUUGCACUGUGACCAUGAUAUCAAUUCCAGGUCAAAAAAAUCAAAGUGCAAUCCUGCUGCUGCAGCAAGAAAUAAACAUCUGUGUGAGACCUUAGCAGAUAGUUGUUUUCCUGUUAACACUGGCCCUGUGGCAAGCCGGCUUCACGAAUUCUUCUUGCAUCAAUUCUGUGAUGCCCACAGCUGUGCUGGAAUUGGGAAGCCUUUCGCCAGAGGGCGCAGGAAAAAGAAAAACGGGUUCUACAUUGCUGCCUCCAUUUUUCUUGUGACGCUGCUGCUAUUUUACUAUCUAUACAUUUACUUAUAUCGGAGAGGAUUGAAAAGGGAAACUCAAAUGCUGAAACGUAUCUCACAAGCUGGCCGAAAAAAGAAGCCAUCUUAA